CGUCCGUCCCCCGCAACUUGAUUGUGAUACGAAAUACGAAUACGAGGGAGCGUCCGGAGUGCGACGCACUGACUGCCGAGUUUCGACUGCGGGUGUAGACCGGUCAAAUUCGCCAUCAGUUCUCGUAAAACUGUACGAACUGCGCCCGUGUUCGCAGCACCUCCUCGCGAAAAAGCACAUUUUUUCAACGUUUUUCCCGCGCGUUACCACUAUGGCAGCUACAGAAGAGCUCAGCGGAAUCCUAAUGAGGAGGCAGGCCAUAAAUGACAAACUGGAAGAAGGCGUUGAGGUCAAGCCCAAAUACAAAAUUGUAAAUGUUUAUACCGAAUUUCACGAAUUCUCCAGGAAGGAAAUAAAACAGUACGAGGACACGUUUAACAAAUUCGAUGAGGGUAAAGACGGAUACUUGGAUCUGAACGAGGUGAAACGAAUGAUGGAACGGCUAGGCGCCCCGCAGACUCAUCUGGGAUUGAAAGCCAUGAUAGCUGAGGUUGACGAAGACGGUGACAACAAAAUUAGCUUCCGAGAAUUCUUACUCAUUUAUCGAAAAGCCCGAGCUGGAGAACUGGAGACAGACUCCGGUUUGGAAGCGCUUGCGAGAUUAACGGAAAUUAAUGUCGAUCAAGUCGGCGUGAACGGAGCCAAAAAUUUCUUUGAAGCCAAGAUAGAAGAGCUUGCGAAAACUAACAAAUUCCACAAUGAAAUAAUCCAAGAACAGGAGGAAAAGCGGCGUGAGGCCGAGGAGAAGGCCUUGCGCAAGCAGAGGUUUAAGGAAAAAUCUGCCGUAUUUCAACAGUGAUAAGUGUGAAAUUCAAGGAACAUUGUAGUUAAAAUACUGAAUGUCGGAUAAAUGAAGGUAGAUUAGGAAAAUGAAGUGGUUUAGGCAUACUUUAAAAAUAUACAAAUUGUUAAACAUAGUGAUGUAACAUCUAGAUAGUGUUUAUAGCGAGUACAUAAAUUAUUCACUUGUGGUACGUUACUAUCAGAGUUUGUACCUACAUACCAAAUGAGUUUAUUUCAAAAAGGUUUAUUAUGUCUUUUGUGGUCGUGUCAGGUACCUACUAACCUAUAACUCUGAUAAUAAUAUUUUCAAAUUACAUUACUAGUAUGUCGCUAAGCUUCCGAUCUGAAUCUAUACCGGAACAACGAACAGUUUACCCAGUUUACUGUUUACCUUUUAAGUAAGUGUAUAAUUAUUACCUAAUAAAUAAGUUGUUGGCCUAUCUAGUCUGUAAGCUGUGUAGCUGUGUGUGCCUAUGAAGUCACAUGGCUUUAGGGAUAAAUGAUAAUUUGUUAAUUUUAGGCAAAUACAUAAAUACUGCGUUGUCCGGUCGCACAUUUUUUUAAAAUAAUAAUGUGUAAUCAACAGUGUUAUGUUUAAAUUGGAUGUUCUUAUUGUAAUAUUUGUGAUUUUGUCGCAGACAGAGGGCAUGGCAUGAGGGUAGGUAGAUAAACUGCUCGGGCGGUCGGAUCUCGAACGAUUGUUAUUAUUGGUGAUUUAGACUUUAGUCAUAGCGCAUAAAAAAUUUUAGGUAAUGUGUAUUGUGUGGUACAAAAUUAGAAAGAGAUAAAUGAAGAAAAAUGCGUUUAUUUUAAAUUUGUACCACUUACCACAAUGCAUUUUUCAAGUGUCCGAUGUCUCGACCGCUUAGGCAUGUCAAGACCAAAACCCAAGUAGAAGAAGCAUCAGAACAUCACUGCUACGUUUUUCAAAGCCUUGAAAAACUCAGUAUUAUGCAUGAACCAAGUAGGUAAAUGUAACAAAAAUAGUAUGAAUGAUAGGUUUCUCGUACAUAAAUAAAGCCUUUUAAAUUAAUAAUUCACGAAAAUACCUAUACAUCCAGCAUAAAUCUAUAGUUAUCUACUUUGUCCUUUGUUCUGAGCUGAUUCUUAUUUCGUCAAAAAAAUAGGUGUGUUAUGUGAAAUGGUUACAUAAUUAAGUUUUAACUGCUUUUGAGAGUAUUUAUCACAAACCUUACGUGCCUAACUGUAGAAAUAGAUAUAAAGAUGGUGCCUAGUACCUACCUACUUACACGAAUCUCCGAAAAAAAUCGUUAUUAAUUGUAUUAAGAAUACUGCUAUUCUUCUCACGUCGCAUUUGGAAAAGAAUACCAUCAAAUUUCGAUUACCUACCAUGAUAUAAAUUUGAAUCCUAUUAUGUGUUAUACUAGGCACCCAUCUACUUUGUUAAUUGCAUGUUUAAUAUUAUGUUAAGAAUUUAUUUAAGUUAUUAAAAGUGAUCUAAUUUUACUUAUCUAAACUGUAAUAAAGAAUGUUAAUUACAAA